AUGGCGCCGACAAAGCAGCGCGUAGGAGCUCUGGACGUCCGGGCUCUCGUGGCAUCGAUCCGGCCCGCGGUUCUGGGCUUGCGUGUCACAAACGUGUACGACUUUUCCUCGGGAGGCGGCCGCGGCGCAGGCAGCAGUAGCUACAUCGUGAAGUUAGCGGGGAAGGAUUCGAAAAUCUUCCUCUUCAUUCACGCCGGCUUCCGUCUGUACACCACGGAGUGGAAGAAGGACAAGGGGGCGCUGCCGUCGCCCUUUUGCAUGCGGCUCCGCAAGAGCUUGCGCGGCAAGAAACUGGAAGACAUCCACCAACAUGGAGCCGAUCGCGUCGUCCUCCUCACCUUCGGCAAGGGCGAAAAUACACUCCGUCUCAUCGUCGAGCUGUACGUGUCUGGGAACAUCGUCUUGACGGACCACACGAACCUCAUUCUGGCGGUCCUCAGACGUCACACGCUCAGCGCGCCGUCAGCGGAAGGCGGCCCUCAGGGCCCCCAAGAGACAGAGCAGCGAAUCGCGGUGAACGAGUACUACCGCCUGGACUCUCCGGAAAGGUCGCUGCUUCGGGACGGCGUCCGCCCGGUGGACUUCACCGCCGAUGUCGUCAGAAGGCAGUUGGUGGCCAUAGCUGAAGAGUCAGGCCCGCGCACAGAGACCAAGCCAAGGCCGCCAAUCACCUGGUCGCAGGCUGUCGCACGCCUUGCUCCCUUCGUCAGCCCUGCCGUCGCCGUCCACGCGCUCCUGGUGGCCACGCAGGGAGACGAGACGGCAAAGAAGAGAGUCUUGACGCAGGACAGACUCGACGAGGCUGUGCAUGUGCUGCGGCGCGCAGUCGUCGAGUGCCUCAGAACGCUCUGCGCCGUGAGCUCGUCGGCAGAUUUUCUCGGGUCCGGCCCCUUGCCACCCGAAGUGGCGACUCAGUCUCUGGCGUCGCCGCCCGUUGAAGGCUACAUUUUGGCCACGCGGCGUGCGUCGCUACCUUCGGAAGCGCAAAAGAGCCUUUCUUUCUCGCUUCUGUACGACUACGAAGACUUCGCGCCGGUCGUUCUCCGCCAGUUUGCAGAUUUCCCGGUGCUGGCUUCCCCGCAGGACAUCCAACGCGAGAGAGAAGAACGCGCGUCAGAUGCUGUGCAGCGCUCGCAAGUGGAGAAGCGAACAGAGGGCCACGAGGAAGUCAAGGAGGACGACAAGGAAGAGGAGGAGGCAGAUGAGAAGGAAGAGGAAGAGAAGGAAGCGAGAAUGGAAGCCAGAAACGAUGGAGAUGUGGCGGCUGCCGUGGCCGCAGUGCACGGAGGGGUUGCGGAGGGAACGCGUGUGUUGCUUCACUUCCGAGACAUCAACGUGUGCGUCGACGAGUACUUCAGCAGCGUCGACGUGCAAAAGGGCGAGCGAGCUGAGGCGCUGGCCAGGCACGAGGCGCUGAGUCGAGUGGAGAAGAUCAGGAGUGACCAGGCGCAGCGCAUGCAGCAGCUUGAGGAGGAGGCCGCGAGUCUCCUCGAGGAGGCCCAAGCCGUGGAGGCGAACGUGGGGCUUGUCGAGCAGAUCAUCCAGCUGCUGCGCGCAGCGCUGGCGACCGGCGUCGACUGGGACGAGCUCGGGCGCCAGAUGAAGCAGCAGGCCAAGGAGGGCCAUCCUCUCGCGGUCCACGUGCAGGAGCUGAGGCUGGAGAAGCAACGCGCUCUCCUUCUGCUGGAGGCGCCGGGCGAGGAAGCGAGCGGUGCGACGACGGUGGUCUCCAUCGACAUCACCCUCUCUGCCCACGGCAACGCCCAGCUCCUCCACUCGCAGGUGAAGCAGCUGAAGGCGAAGACGCUGAAAACGUCCUCGGCGACUGCCGCCGCGCUGGCGGCGGCAGACCGGAAGGCGCAGCGGACGCUGAAGCAGAAAGAGCAACAAGUGCUGCAGGCCCAGCAGCAGCUGCAGAAAGUUCGCAAGGCGUUUUGGUUCGAGAAGUUCCACUGGUUCAUAUCCAGCGACCACUACCUCGUCCUUGCCGGCAGAGACGCACAGCAGAAUGAGAUCCUCUUCCGCCGGUACCUCCGCGCGAACGACGUGUACGUCCACGCAGAUGUCCACGGCGCCGCCACGUGCAUCAUCAAAAACACCGGGGAAACCGACCCAGGAAAGACUGAGGAACCGCCCGUCCCCCUCGCCACGCUCCAGCAGUGCGGCGAAUUUGCGGUCUGCAGAAGCAGCGCGUGGAACACAAAAACCCCCGCUGCCGCCUGGUGGGUGUAUGGACACCAAGUCUCGAAAUCCGCCCCCAGCGGCCUUUAUCUCAGCACCGGCUCCUUCAUGAUUCGCGGACGACGCAACUUCAUCCAAAUCCACCGCCUCGAGAUGGGCUUUGGCCUUCUCUUUCGCCUGGCUGACGAGGCAUCCGUUGCUCGACAUGUCGCCGCUCGAAAACGCUUGCAACUCGAGGAGGAUGACAACAAAACCCCUCCGUCUUCCUCGUCUUCUUCCUCUUCCUCGUCUUCUUCCUCUUCCUCGUCUUCUUCCUCUUCCUCGUCUUCCUCCUCUUCUUCCUCUUCGUCUUCUUCUGCUGUUCCUGAAGAAGAGAGUAGGGCGCGUGGAGGAGUGAAGGCGAACGUGUGUGGCGAGAAGAAGAAUCUCCGCAUUGGAUUCGUGGAGCCUGCGGCGCAGUCACGAAGCGGUCCUGGAGAACUCACCUGGGAGAGAAAACAGAGGAACCCGGCGGAGUUCCUCAGAGAAAUUGACAUCGAGCAGUGCGCGGGUGUGAACGCAAUUCGCGAAGUCCUCGCAUCCGGUGGAGCGCGCGACGCCGAGGGAAGUGCGGCGCCGGAUGGGGCUGCCGCAGUCCUCGCGCACCUCGAACGGCAGGAAGUGCGGCAGAGACAGCUGCAGGAGCAACUGAAUCAAGUGAAACAUCAACUUGAAGAACAACUGAGAACAGCGUCCAGAAGCCCUUCAAUCGGAACACAGAGUGCGCGCCGCGAAGGCCGGUAUGCGAGAGGCAGCGUCGAGUUCUCCCCUGCAACGCUCAACGAGGACGCUCAAGCCAGCAGAGACACUUCUGUGGGGCGGCGAAUUCGGCGGAGACACCCGACGGGACGUCUGAGUGUCCAGGACAUUGCGGAGCUGCGAGGCGAAGCCGCAGAUGCAGAGCUGGUCGAGAUGCGCCAGGCAGUUCUUGCGGAGCAGGCGCGUUCGCAGGAGGCGGCUGCGUCUCGUCCGGAGGCGGGCGCGUUGAACGGAGUCGCCGGAGUCCCCGCGGCGCCUUCCUCUUGCGCAGCUGAGGUGGACGUCGGGGAUUUGCGUCCGCUUCACCAGGAGAUGCUUCAGAGGCAGUACAGUGCUGAGACUCACCGGCUGUUGAUGGCGGAGAAGCUGCGCGAGGUGGUGUUGCAGCGGGGGGCUGAGGGCGUGGUCCGGGCCGAGCGUGCGAGGAGCCGCCGCGCGUCGAAACUCGCCAAGAGCGACGGCGACGACUGCCACGUCACCUUCUCCCCAGACCCGCCGAAAGUCGUCGAGAAGACCAUCACUGCGUUGCAUGUGGAUUUCGACGGCCUCCCGCCGGAAGUUAUUCCGCGCCACGAAGAGCCCGCGAGUCCGCUGCUGGUGCAAAUCGAGGAGGAACUGCGCGAGGCUCGCGAGACAGAGGCGAGUGAACAGAUUCCCUGGGCACUCCGCAGAAGGCCCACAGGUUGGCCUGCGUGGGUGCCGCCCGAAGAAGCAGAGACGCAAGCAGAGUCGGACCGUGAUUCGCGCCCCGGUCACGCGCGAGAGGCGGAGGGAGGACCUCUGUCGUCGCGAGAAGUGUCUCCUGACGCGCCUGUGGGAGAUAGCGCGCCUUCUGGCCCCGGCGAGGGCGGCGAGAUAUCGCGGCAGGCCGCGUCUGCGACUCCCGGCGUCUCUGGGCUCGCAAAGACGCCGUCUCCGUCCCUGAGGGCUUCGAGGGACGAAAACGAGAUGCAGGCGGCUGAGAAUUGGAGCGGCAAGAGAGGCGCCUGCCGGCCGACAGGCUCCGCGGGCACGGGCAGAGACGCCGUUGCAAAACAAGGCAGCGACCGGCGCAGCCCCUCUGCCUUCAGCGAAAGGUCGACGCUGUCGGCGCAGAGUUUGACUCUAGCUGACAGUCGAAUCAGCAGACGAAUGAGCGUCGACGGGGGCCCUCCGCCAGUCGGCUUCACCGAAGAGACACUGCCCACACCGCGGGAACUCCUCUCUCGCAGCAGCAUCGACUUCCAGAACAGUGGAGGCGACGACGCAGAAGAAUCAGUUGAUGAUCAGGAAAUCCACAUCAUUGUGCGGCGCUUGUCGAUAAAGGAGGAGAAGGAACUAUUUCGAUGCCGCAGCGCCGACCACGGCCCAACUCCCAAAGGUUUCUCUUCCGGAGAUGUCCCGUCUGCAAAGGAUCUCCUCACUCUGCAACAGUACCUCUCCGACAAACUCGCCUCUCCAGUUCGUUCGGAGGAAGACGACGAAACGACGUCGGCCGGGACGAGAAGAAGCAGACGAGCCGUCAGCGAGGGCAACGCUCCCCUGUUCGCCGAGCGCGGGGUCGGAGGCAGGUUGAAGGAGAGACCAAAAGAACUUUUCCUCGACGCAUGCGCCAGUCCACUUGCGAGCGGAGAAGGGUGGCAGGAAGAUGCGAGCGCAAACGUAGGGGAAAGCGAACCCUGUGAAGGACAAGAAGAAGAGGACGAGGAAGAGUUGCAAGAAGAGGAGGCGUCUCCUUCGGACGAAGAGGCGGAUACUACAGAAGACGACCAAGACGCUGACGAUGCGGUCGAGGAAGAGGUGAAAGAAGAAGAGCUCGAAGCUGGGACAGUGCCGAGGAAGAGGAUCUCUGCGGCGGAGCGACGGAGACUGAAGAAGGGAGACAGAGGAGAGAAAGGAGAAAGAGAAGAGAAAGAAGAGAAGACCAACAGAGAAGAGGAAGAAGAGGGAGGAAAGGAAAAGAAGGCAAAGGACCCACGCCUUCAACCUGUUCCCAGGGGCAAGAAAGGCAAACUCGCAAAGAUGAAGAAGAAAUACCGAGAACAAGACGAGGAAGAAAAAAAGUACAAAAUGUCGCUCAUCGGCGCUGAAGAGAUCAAACAGCCUGGACCCAAAGAGACAGGCAACACGGCGGCACCUGCUGCAGGCGCAGCGAAGAAACUCCCUGGUCGAAAGGCUGCUCAGCAGCGAGAGGAACGGAGAGAGUUGAAGGAAUUCUUUGAAGAAGAAGGAGAGGAGAAACUCGCGGAGCAAUGCAGUCAAAUCGACCUUCUUACUGCCUCGCCGUUUCCCGAAGACGCCUUGCUGUGCGUGGUGCCUGUCACAGCGCCGUACUCGGCAAUGAGCAAAUACAAAUUUAAGGCGAAGCUGGUGCCGGGGUCGAUGAAGAAGGGGAACGCGGGCCAGGCUGUCCUCAGGCACUUUCUUCAGCAAGUUGAGGACAUCCGCCUGAAGCACCUCAUCAAAUCUGUCACACUCGCCGAAGUCGCUCUCUCCAUGAUUGGCGACGUGCGGGUCAGCGUACCCGGCAUCCAAAAACAACUCACAGCGGCAAGACGCCAGAAGCAGGCACAGAAGAAAACGACCUUCGCAGUGGAUGCGUAG